CCCCAGGGCACUGGGAGGCAGUUUCUGGAACCCUGCCCUGCUUAAGGGCUACUGUGGGCGGGCGCUGGCUCUCCAGCCCCUGGGCCUCCCCCUGCAUUCUAGAGCCCCGGCCGCCGCCUGAGCUGCUGGCCGCUGCCUAUCCCUCUCGGCUCUGACCCCUCAUUCUACCCCACCCUGUCCGGUGGCUCCUGUCCUGCCACCUGGCCAUGACCCCAGUCCCUCCAGCGACCCUGGUUGGGCCCUGAGCCCGGGGACGUCCAGUCACAGCCUUGGGCCAUGGCCAACUCAGGGCUCCAGCUCCUGGGCUACUUCCUGGCCCUGGGGGGCUGGGUGGGCAUCAUCGCCAGCACUGUGCUCCCGCAGUGGAAGCAGUCCUCCUACGCGGGCGACGCCAUCAUCACGGCCGUGGGCCUCUACGAGGGGCUGUGGAUGUCCUGCGCCUCCCAGAGCACCGGGCAGGUGCAGUGCAAGCUCUAUGACUCGCUGCUGGCGCUGGACGGCCACAUCCAGUCUGCCCGCGCACUGAUGGUGGUGGCCGUGCUCCUGGGCUUUGUGGCCAUGGUGCUCAGCGUCGUGGGCAUGAAGUGCACGCGGGUGGCAGACAGCAACCCUGUUGCCAAGGGUCGCGUGGCCAUCUCGGGGGGUGUCCUCUUCUUCCUGGCAGGUCUCUGCACUGUGACGGCCGUGUCGUGGUACGCCACCCUGGUAACCCAGGAGUUCUUCAACCCCACCACCCCUGUCAAUGCCCGGUACGAGUUCGGCCCCGCCCUGUUCGUGGGCUGGGCCUCGGCUGGCCUGGCCAUGCUGGGCGGCUCCUUCCUCUGCUGCUCCUGCCCGCCGCCGGAGCGAGCCAGCAGCAUCCCGCAGCCCUACCGGCCAGGGCCCUCCACGGCCGCCCGAGAACCAGUUGUUAAGUUGUCUGCCUCCGCCAAGGGCCCCCUGGGGAUAUAAUGUCCAGGUCCCCCACCUGGCAGUGCCCUGCUGCACCUAGGCAGAGAGCCUGGCAUUCUGAGGAGUGACUGUCCA